AUGUCGGCCACUCGCAUGCUUUCAGUACUCUGCGCCGCUGCCCUCUUCGGAGCGCCAAUUGCUGCGGCGGACAGCUCGGCCGCAAGAGUGAAGGAGAUUCCGGCUUUCGGCCUGGGCACCUGGCUGUCUGAAAGAGAUGAGGUCGCGCAUGCCGUCGAGUACGCCCUUCAAAAUGGCUAUAACCAUAUUGAUGCUGCUCGCAUAUACAGAAACGAGGAUAAGACCGGCAGGGGAAUCGCCGCUUCAGGCGUGGGCCGGGAGUCCAUUUGGGUGACCAGCAAGCUGUGGAACUACGAUCACCGGGAUGCCGAGGCCCACGCCGCGAUCCGCAAGUCGAUCGAGGAUCUGGGCGUCGACCAGCUGGAUCUAUACUUGAUUCACUGGCCGGUGGCAUUCGUGCCGGGAGAGGGCACGAAGCUGGACAAGAAGACCAGCCUCGUCGACACGUGGCGGACGAUGGAGGACCUGGUGCGGGCGGGCCUGACGCGGCAUAUCGGCGUGUCCAACUUUGCCAAGCGCGACGUCGAGGCCAUCCUGGAUAUCUGCACCAUCUGCCCGUACGCGCAUGAAUUCGAGACGCACCCGUACCUGCAGCAGCAGGACUUCGUCGACUGGCACCGCGAGGUUGGCAUCAAAGUCAUCGCCUACUCGCCGCUGGCCAACACCAACCCCAUUUACCACCGGGGUUUGCCUAGCAUCCUGGAAGACCCGUUCUGGGAGAAGCUGGCCGAGGCCAAGAACGCAACGGUUGCUCAGACGAUCCUGGCCUGGGGCCUGGCGAGAGAUACUGUGGUAAUCCCUAAGAGCUCGAGCGAGAAGCACCUUGACGCGAACCUGGGAGCUUUGGAUAUCAAGUUUACGGACGAGGAGCUGAAGGAGGUUGCCAAGCAGGACAAGAAGGUGAGGAUGAGCAACCCGGGCAAGAACUGGGGAGUCAAGCUUUUCAUCGAUUUGGACGACCCGUCGACCGAGUCAUCGAAUUCGAACGAGGAACUGUAG